CUACCUAAACUCAGCAACUAUUGACGUAACUUAAUAAAUGCUACCUCCGGUACGGCCCGUCUAGUACAUAUUUUUUUAUGAUAUGACAGACAUUGUUUAGGUAAUACGUCACGAUAUCUUCGAUUGUAGACUUUAUUCGUUUCCUUAACCUUAAUUGUUUAAGUGGAUACGAAAUAGACAAAAAUACUGUUUUGAGUGAUCGCCGGAUUGAUCUCCUGGCGCGGGGCUAGGAUUUCAAACUUGAAACAGCGGAAGCAAAUCGUAUGAGUUACCGAGUUAUAGGUGGCUGGAACUCUUCUCUUUAACUCCUGAAGCUUAAACGGUGUACCGAAUAUAGUUUUCUUCUGGGUUAUUAUCCAAGCUUUUCCUUCUUUUCUACCGCUGUAUCUUUGCCGUGCUGGUAUAGGUAUUCACGGAAAACCCAUGGCUCUAUUAGCGAGGAUUCUCGCCAACAUCAGGGGCAUCAUACUAGUAACACCCUGGGUUCUUUACCUGGCGGUGUGCGAUGUACUGUUAUCUUUCCUCUUACCGGUGAAGAUAUUCGCGCCCAACUUUGUCUAUCGCGCAUCUUCUCGGAUCGCAUAUUCCGUAUGGAAAUGGAUUCAGGUUAUCUUUGAGAAUUUCAAUGGCGCUCGGAUCACUUUUUCAGGGGACCGUCUACCGAUGAAAGAGUCGGCUGUUGUCAUCUCGAAUCAUGUUACGUGGGCCGAUUUCUAUAUGAUCCAGGCCUUGGCCGUGCGCGCGGGUAUGCUGGGGCAAUGCCGAUGGUUUGCGAAGAUCCAGCUCCGUUGGGUCCCUUUUCUCGGUUGGGGUUUGUGGGCGAUGGGUAUGCCGAUGGUUAGCAGGAACUGGAUGCGUGACCAGCGUGAGCUUCAACGUGUUUUUGGUGGCAUUGUGGGAAGAAGAUGGCCAAUAUGGCUGAUAAGUUUCAGCGAGGCUACACGAUUCACACCAAAGAAAUAUGAAGAGUCUAAGAUCUGGUGUAAAGAGAAUGACCGUCCACAGCCCUUGCAUUUGCUAUACCCCCGUACCAAAGGAUUUAUAACUACUGUGCGGCAGUUGAGAAAAGCACCCCAUGUGAAGGCGGUGUAUGACUUCACCAUUGCGUAUCAGAAAAAAGCUAGCUUCCAUAUUGCUCCGGAUAUGUGGGAGACUUUGAAGCUCUCAGAUCUUGGUGGUUCCCAAGGAUAUAGAUUCCACAUCCAUGCACGCCGCUUUCCUCUGGAAGAACUUCCCCAUACCGAUGAAGAAUUAGCGAAGUGGUUGGAGCAGCGCUGGGUUGAAAAGGGAGAAUGGCUUGAUACUUUGAAGACCGAGUGGGAUAAAAGUUAAUCACUAAUUGGGUGGUUGAAUAUAAACAUGUGAAUAUUGAUAGCUAUUGUUAAGUUUGAGCUGUAAGUUGAGGGUGACGUUUUAAUAUGAAAAUAUCAAUGAGCCGCAUUGCAGGAGGCAAGGACACUGCGACUUGCCUUGGCGUUACUCACCGAGUACCCAUUGCAUAGGGCUCUUUUUUCGAUAAGAUCGGGUCACGUUUUGCCUAAUUACUUGCGUAAUGAGCUCGUUGGAUGCUAUUGCAUGUCGUCUUGCUGCAAGGAGUUAUCGCGCGUCCCUAGGACUUGCUCGUUUCAAGUAACAAGCUGAAGCUACACCAAUGACAAUGAGAGAAUCCUGCCAACGGAUCUUGAGUCUAGACCGCUCCCUCCGUCAUGUGCCA